UAUCCUCGACGUCGUCGUCGUCGUCGUUGCAGCCGUUUGGAUUAUUAGUUUUUCUUGAGUUUCCUUUCGAAUUUUUGGACAGUGUGUGCUAUUAUUAUUCGGUUGGUGAACUUGGUCCACUGCGGGUCGCGUUCGUUCUUGGACCUUUUUUUUCCUGUCGUGUGAGUGUAUCGUGGUGCUAAACAGGAAAUUCCAUCGAUUCUUUCCGAUUAAUUGUUUCGGAGCAGAUUCCAUUCCAGCCUGUGUGAUUGCAGCUUUCGGGGCUUAGGCUUUCGGAUAUCGCAGUGGUGCUGCGACGUAGAAUUAGUAGCAAUAACAGUUGAUUUAGGGGUUAUUGUUAUGGGCUAUGGUGGCGGUGUGAUGGUGUGAGUGCACGAGCCAUUCAAUGUUGAUUAAGUGAAAUUGUGGAAAGGGGGAAAAACAUCAUCACAGCGAUUGGGGGAGGUAGACACUAGUACAACUAGUACACUGUAACAAAACAAAGCUGGUGACGAAGACCGUGGGAGAGGAAAGCAGAUCGCUGCUGGAAAGUGUGUGUGCUUGGGCACGGGAAAAUUACUGCCGUGGGAACCUCCACGUUCAAGACUACAAGAAGUGGGUCUUGGAAAGUCGGUUGACAGUGGGAAUGGAGUGAAAUUUUUGUGAAGUGUGAAGUGGAUCACUUUCAAAGCCGAAGAAAAGCUCAGUGCAAAGUAGUUCGUCAGUGCGUGGAAUGCAAUUCUGAACACGCAGUCAGUGCAGUUACGGAGUGGUGCGAAAUCAAAACAAAGCUGAAGCAGACUGGAUUCCAGUGACAUCAGCAGCGGAACGAAACCGAACCAGCGAGCAAACGAGCUGUAACUAUUUUGGUUGAUGUAGUGGUACCGAUACCUACUGGUUGCAUGGUCGUUGCAGAUAUUUCACGCAACCGCGGCCAGGUGUGUUCGGUUGCCAAUGUUAUUCGAUGUUGGCAACUAUAAGGAAACAAGAGGGAUUGAUGUUGUGUGCCGCAUAGGACGGACCGAACGACGGACAAAUUGAAUAACUCGAAGAGCCGGAGUCAUUCGUCAUGGAGAAAAGUUUCGAUGAAAUAACAGUCUCCAGCCUGUCCGAUCUGCAGCUGGGAAAUUCGUCCGGCGCGGGGGUCACGAUACCGGAGCAACAGUCGUCUUCGUCGUCAUCAUUCCACCGGGAAGCCUCGCAGCUCAUCAACAGCAAUAGCAGCAACGGGCAACACCAACAACAACAACAGCAGCAACAGCAACGCAACAGCUCCAUCAACGGUAACGAGAAAAAAUCAUCCAGCAAACAGCAGCAGCAGCAACAACAACCGCCCUCGUUCAACCCGUCGAAACACUUGGACGUUUGGCUGGCCAAUGCCAUCCGGGGUUUGGAGAACGCCACCAGCCAGGACUCGCCGGAUCAGCUGGACAGUCCCACUCUGAAGGGAGGCGAACCACUGUCGCUUCCGCCCAAUUUGAGCUACCUUGACGCGCCAAACUCGUCAUCGCCAUCGAAUAUCGGACUGUUUUCGCCAACUCAGCUGCAUCAUCAGCAGCAACAGACACUACCGCUGGACCUAAGUGGCGGCAGCGUGAUUGGUGGUGUCAUUCAACAGCAGAAUCCCUACCGCUUCGGUGUCAAUAGUAAUUUUUUGCUCAACGACGGCAGUGAAUUUGCAAGCCUUCCUCCGCGGAUCAGCUAUCAGAGCUUGCAGCAGCAGCAGCAACAGCAACAACAACAACAACAACAACUACAACAGCUGGGACGGAGGGCUCCACUGCAGCGGAACCAGAGUUCGUCGUUUCAAGACUUGCUGAACGCGCAAAGAAUCAUGACCGACUCGUACAUCAACGACUCGUCGGACAACGAAUCGAAGAACAGCUGUGCCAAAUCGAAGCUGGAAAUGGCGGAAACCCUGCUGGCCGACCUGAACCUCCUGAACGGUGGUGGUGGCGGUGGUGGUGGGGGUGGCUUGAUGAUGGCCGGUCAUGGCAACAACAACAACAACAACAAUAAUGGCAGCACCAGUACGGCGUCGGGCAAUGGAGGCGGAGGAGGAGGAGGAGGAGGAGGAGGAGGAGGAGGGGGCGGUGGAGGUGGAUACAAUGGCACCACAACCAGUGCAACCAGUGGCAUCAAUCAGAGCACCAAUAGCAAUAAUCUGGUGGUGGUUCUGCUCAAGGAGAUUAGCAAGUUGCACGAAACGAAUAAGAAAAUCUGCCGAAAUUUGCAUGAAACCAAAGUGGAGAUGGAAGCUUUGAAGCAUUCUUCGCACUGGGGCCUUAGCCAACGUAGAGACAGUAUAAGCGGUAUGAGCACCAAUAGUCAGCCAGUAGGAAUGCGUUACAAUAGCUUCGGACUGCAGAGUCCUGCACCGACGUAUCACUCGCAAGGUAGCUACAGCCCCGGAAUGGUGGCGGAUGUGAUUCGGGAGAUCCGUGAGGUAUCACGUGUCCGCGAGGAAGCCAUGAUGGAUCGCAUGAAAACGAUGAUCGAGGAGCGGUCGUGGGCCAUGAACGAGGCCAACUUUCGGCUGCUCAAGGAAUCGGAAGACAUGAAAAAGAGCAUGCACAUGGUGCGGUCCGAGAUGAACCAGAUGGUCGAUCGGAUGCUGAAACUCGAGAACGAAGUCAUCAAUCUACGGGCUCAGCUGAAUAGUCACCAGCAUCAGCAGCAGCAGCAUCAUCAGCACCAUCUGCGGGAGCGGGACUCCUAUGCAGGUUCGUCGUCGUCCACGGCUGGUCAGGCGGCAAAGUUGAGGAGAAACAGUAUGCAUUUAAACUACGGAAGAAUAAGCAAUACGGACGAGUUCUACGGCGGCAAUAACUUCAAUGACCUGAGUAACGAACUACGAUUCAGCAACGGCGGUGGCGGUAGUAACAAUAUGCGCGGCAAGAUCGGUGAGAAUAGCUUUGUCGGCCAGACGUUAAAUGGAGGUGGUGGUUUCGGGGAGGAAAUGCAUGAUGAUUCCUCCAACGAUCAGGUGUUGUUGUUGGAGAAGGAUGCGUUGAUGCUGAGGCGAGAGCUACAGGAUGCUUUGGCCUCGAAGCAGGAGUCGGAAAACCGGAUUACAGCUUUGGAAAAUAUUGUAAGCACUCUCAAAGAACAGGUUCCGUCAGCCGUCACAAUGCCGCAGCACCAUCCCGGAUACGGCAUUCAAUCGCGGACGACAGUGACGACGCCGACGCCGACGACGACUGCGAGCCCAGUUGGAAUGGGGGUGGUGGCUAGUAGCCACCACCAGCAGCAGUACCAACAGCAACAGCAACAGUACUACUUCCGAACCAUCAACAACGUUUCGCCAAGCCCUCAGCUGACUCAUCCUCCGGCCGCACCGAUAUCACCCGCCAAGCUACAGAAGGCAGCGCAGAUCCAGAGCAUCCCACCGUCGUCCGGCAAGCAGUACAUGCAUCUGCCGUCCAGUGCGAUUAACGUGUCCGGACCGGUUACGGAUUUGUAAGGUCGGUAAAGGUAUGCUUGGAAGGGUUUUUUUUUACCAUGGAAGUUCUGGAAGUUCGAGGGGAUCGUCUCUAGCCGGGGUGUGGCAUCAUGUUUUAUGAACGUUUGAGGUACUGGGAUGGGAUGAGUUUAUCGUUGUCCUCUAGUUGGUAACAUUGGGCAGCAGAAGAUCGGUUUUCACAAACUUACUCGAACUGUUGAAGCUGUGUAGAUUGGGAAAUGAAUCUUCAUUGGCUCGGGAGGCACGGAACAAAUUUGGUAACGGAUCGGGGAUCUGAGAGGAUGAGCUUCUGUGUAAUUUUCCAAUGAUCUAUGUACUCUACUAGCAGA